AUGGCGGAAGACGCGACCAAGUCCAUGGCCAAGCUUCAGCUUGAUGAGGAGACCGGCGAGAUGGUCUCCAAGGCCGAAUUGAAGAAGCGCCAGCAGAAGCGCGCCAAGAAGGCCGCCCAGGAGAGGGCUCGCCAGGAGAAGGCUGCCGCCGGACCUGCCCCUGCGGCGCCCAAACCCGCGGCAAAGCAGGAGGAGCAGCCUCUCGACCCUGAUGCCAUGUUUAAGCAGGGCUUCCUCCACGACGUCUACGACGACCGACCCGUAAAGAACGUCGUGACGCGAUUCCCUCCGGAGCCCAACGGCUACCUCCACAUUGGCCACGCCAAGGCGAUUGCUGUCAACUUUGGCUUCGCCAAGCACCACGGCGGCGUUUGCUACUUGCGAUACGACGACACGAACCCGGAGAAAGAGGAGGAACAGUACUUCACAGCCAUUCAGGAUGUAGUCCGAUGGUUGGGAUUUGAGCCGUUCAAGAUCACGUACUCGAGCGACAACUUCGAGAAGCUCUACCAGAUGGCCGAGAAGCUGAUUUCCCUUGGCAAGGCCUACGUCUGUGCUUGCAAUGAUGUCGAGAUCAAGCUCCAGCGAGGUGGUGAGAAGGGUGCCCAGCCUCGCUACCGGUGCGAGCACGCUGAACAGACCGUCGACGACAACCUCACCAAGUUCCGCGACAUGCGAGCCGGCAAGUACAAGCCCAAGGAGGUCUUCUUGCGCAUGAAGCAGGACAUCACAGACGGCAACCCCCAGAUGUGGGAUCUGGCGGCCUACCGAAUCAAGACCGACACCCCCCACCACCGGACAGGCUGGGACUGGAAGAUCUACCCGACCUACGACUUUACACACUGCCUGUGCGACAGCUUCGAGGGCAUCACGCACUCCCUUUGCACGACCGAGUUCAUCCUCAGCCGAGUUUCGUACGAAUGGCUCAACAAGUCGCUCGAGGUCUACGAGCCAAUGCAGAGAGAGUACGGGCGCUUGAAUCUGACCGGAACGGUUCUCUCCAAGCGCAAGAUCCUCAAGUUGGUCGAGGAGAAGAUUGUGCGCGACUGGGACGAUCCUCGCCUGUACACACUGAUCGCCAUUCGCCGUCGCGGUGUACCCCCUGGCGCCAUUCUCGAAUUCGUCAACGAGCUCGGCGUGACGACAAACAUCACGACCAUCCCGACCCACCGUUUCGAGCAGACCAUUCGCAAGUAUCUCGAGAAGACGGUACCGCGACUAAUGAUGGUGCUCGAUCCCGUACCUCUGGUCAUUGAAGAUGCGGAGCCCGUCGAUGUCCAGCUGCCCUUCUCCCCCAAAGACCCCAAGAUGGGACACCACACCGUCAAGUUCACCCCUACCAUAUACAUAGACAGGUCAGACUUCCGGGAAGAGGAUAACAAGGACUUUUUCCGCCUUGCACCGGGCAAGACCGUCGGGCUGCUGAAUGCGCCGUUCCCAGUGAAGGCCACGUCGUUUACCAAGGACGAGGCCACGGGCAAGGUGACGGAGAUUCGCGGCGUGUUUGACAAAGAGACCAAGAAGGCCAAGACUUACAUCCAGUGGGUUGGAACGGAAGGCUCAAGGAAGGUGGAGGCACGCAUCCACAACGCACUUUUCAAAUCGGAGAAGCCCGACGAUGCAGAGGGCGGCUUCCUCAAUGACCUGAACCCAGACAGCGAGGUCAUCUAUCCCGAUGCCAUGAUCGAGGCUGGUUUCGACGAGGUGAAGCGCCGCGCGCCGUGGCCGGAGGCUGCCGGCGAGAGCGAGCUUGGCAAGGGAGGACCAGAGAGCGUGCGGUUCCAGGCCAUGAGAGUGGCAUACUUUGCCAUGGACUCGGACAGCACCGAUGACAAGAUUGUCCUCAACCGGAUCGUCAGCUUGAAGGAGGAUGCCGGCAAGAAGCAGUAA